GGGAGAACAAUAGCAAUAUUCAGCAACGUCAGUCAGCUAUUUAUCACCCAACUGCGAUGUCAGGGAAAGAUGUGGCUUGUCGGGAGAUCGACGUUCACUCGUCAGAUCUCAACACACUCAGUCAGGAAAUCUGGAAACACCCAGAACUUUGUUACACAGAAACCUUUGCCCACGAUUACCUGACCACAUUUCUUGAGAAACAUGGAUUUGAGGUUGAGAGGAAUUACAUGCUUGAUACAGCCUUCAGGGCAGUGUUUGGUAAAGAUGGAACAGGUCCUCACGUGGCCAUAAUGUGUGAAUAUGAUGCCCUGCCGGAGAUCGGACACGCCUGUGGCCACAACCUGAUAGCUGAAGUGGGCGUGGCAGCGGGUCUUGGUGUGAAGGCGGCGCUACAGGCAACAGGGACGGGAGGGAAGGUAACUGUUCUGGGCACGCCAGCAGAGGAAGGCGGAGGGGGCAAGGUUGAUCUGAUCCAUGCCAACGCGUUUGAAGGUGUGGACGUGGCAAUGAUGGCUCAUCCUGCUCCAUUAACAGCUGUGGAUGCAUCUUAUCUGUCGAGAGAGCAGUGCAACAUCAAGUUCCAUGGCAAGGCGUCUCACGCUGCAGGGUUUCCCUGGAAGGGCAUCAACGCCCUUGACGCCGCCGUCUUGUGCUACCAGAACAUCUCCUGUCUCAGACAACAGAUGAAACCUGACUGGAGAGUGCAUGGGAUAAUCAAGAAUGGUGGAGCCAAGGCUAACAUCAUUCCAGAGCUGGCGGAACUCGAAUACUACCUGCGGACACCUACCGACGAAGACAUGGGAAUUUUGAAGAAUAAAUUUAUUCAGUGUAUCAUGGCGGCAGCAGCAGCAACCGGAUGUAAGGCGGAAUACGACUUUGAGCCAAAGGCAUAUUCUAACGUCGUCACGAACAGAUCUCUGGCGAAGUCAUUCACCACUAACGCUAACACCCUAGGGAUAGAACUUACCCCGAAGGAGAAGUAUGCAGGCAUGUCAAUGGGGUCCACAGACAUGGGCAAUGUGUCGCAUGUUGUACCCAGUAUCCAUCCCCUGUACUACGUGGGAGUCGACGGCUGUCUUAACCAUACAAGAGAAUUCACUACAGCAUCGGGAGCUCCCGAAGCGCAACCCUUGACACUGGAAAUCAGCAAAGCUCUCGCAAUGACAGCUGUCGACGUUUACACAUCGCCGGAGAUGCUGACGGACAUACAAACAGACUUCAGGUGUGACAUAAAGGGCAGCUAAACAUUCGUCUGUGGUCAGAAUUGAUAAGCAAACUGAAUAUACUGAGUAUAUACGUUUAAGGAUAAUUAUUUAGUGCAAAUGACUCUGGACCUUAUAGUAUAUUUUCCUCAUCAAUACGUAUUAAUAUAACCAGACAUGAAUGAUGAAGCGUGGGUGAUAGUAAAAAGAUCACUUCAAUAUUGCGAUGAAUAGAAUAUAGGAUGGUAUUAUUAACACGGUAAAACUAGACAAAGUUUUACCAAUAUUUAUGACAGUAUAUAUUAUUUGAAACUGGACAUGUACAGAUUAACUGACCACGGUUCACAAUCUUCAAGCUGCCAAGGGUCACAUCGAUAACGAACAUCCGAAACCAGUAUCUGGUCCGGGUCUGCAGAUAACAAUAAACUAAUCAAAUUCACUGUGAACUUCACCCAUCAACACCGAUGUCUUCAAUACGUUUAUGAAAAUUAUCAUAUAAUCCGGUCAAGAUAGAGUAGCUUAAGUGCGCAGUUGGCACCGUAUCGUCAGUC